CCCGCCGCCGCCCGAGCAUGGACGACCCGGACUGCGACUCGACCUGGGAGGAGGACGAGGAGGAAGACGGCGAGGACGCGAGCGCUGGCGGCGGCGAGAACGGCGAGGCCGGCGCCCCGGGGCACGCGGAGGGCGAGGGCGACGACGGAGAGGACGCGCUCCAGGCCAGGAUGACGGGGUCCCGGAACUGGCGAGCCAUGCGGGACACAUGCAGGUACCGGCACCACUACCCGGACUUGGUAGAGCGGGACGGCAACGGCGACAUGCCCAACCUGAGUUUCUACAGAAACGAGAUCCGGUUCCUGCCCAACGGCUGUUUCAUUGAAGACAUUCUUCAGAACUGGAGGGAGGACUACGAUGUCUUGGAGGAGAAUCACUCCUACAUCCAGUGGCUGUUUCCUCUGCGUGAACCUGGAGUGAACUGGCACGCCAAGCCCCUCACGCUCCGGGAGGUGGAGGCGUUUAAAAGCUCCAGGGAGGUCAGGGAGCGCCUCGUCCAGGCCUACGAGCUCAUGCUGGGCUUCUACGGGAUCCAGCUGGAGGACCGGAGCACGGGUCAGCUGCGCCGGGCACACAACUACCAGACGCGCUUCCAGAACCUCAACCGGCACAGCCACAACAACCUCCGCAUCACGCGCAUCCUCAAGUCCCUGGGCGAGCUGGGCCUGGAGCGCUACCAGGCGCCGCUGGCGCGCUUCUUCCUGGAGGAGACGCUGGUGCGCCGCCAGCUGCAGGCCGUGCGCCAGAGCGCCCUGGACUACUUCGUGUUCAGCGUGCGCUGCCCGCGCCAGCGCCGCCAGCUGCUGCGCUUCGCCUGGGAGCACUUCCGGCCGCGCAGCGCGUUCGUGUGGGCGCCGCACGACAGGCUGCGGAGGCUGCGGGCGCCCCUGCCCGCGGGGGAGGAGCGCCCCGGGGCCGGCGGCGCGGCCGGGGACCAGGCACGGGCGGCGGGCGGCCGCGGGGAGGGGGGCCCGGAGCCCCCAAGCCCCAAGGAGAGCAAGAAGCGGAAGCUGGACGCCAACCGGCGGGAGCAGGCCCCGGGGGAGCCGGGCGCCCAGGGCGCCUCGGAGGUGGAGAAGAUCGCCCUGAACCUGGAGGGCUGCGCCCUCAGCCAGGGCAGCCUGAGCGGGGACACCCAGGAAUCGGGCAGCCAGGCCCCAGGGGAGGCCGAGCAGCCCUGCCCCCAGCCCCCGGGGACCAAGGUGGCCGAGGAGGUGAGGAAGAGAAGGAAGGUGGACCAGGGGCCCGGGAGCGGUGACUCGGUGGGUGCCGGGGGUGGGGCCGAGCCGCCGUCCCCCACCCAGCCCGUUGCCCUGCCGGGGUGCCCCGAGGCCAAAGAGAAUGAGAAUGGGGUCGAGGAGGCAGAUGGUGGGGCCGAGCUAGCGCAGGGGACCUUGGUAGAUAAGGAAGCAGAGGCGCCGCCUUAGGCCAAACCCCGAAAGCCUUAAGGGAGCGCGUGCCUGGGGAACCUGGCCUGGCCCUGCGGGGUGUCUGGGGCUCCAGCUUCUGCUGUGCUCAGCACGUGCAGGACUGGCCCGUCCCUCAAGGUCACUGCGGCCCUCAAGGUCACUGCGGCCGCAGAAGAAGUUCCCCUCUCCCGGAAGGCCAGGGACUUCCGAAUCCUUACCUCCAGUUCACUUCCUGCCUCCCUCCGAGACAGACAGACAGACAGACACACACACACACACACACACACACUCCUUUGUAAAUUGGCCCUCAAGGGUCUGGGGGGUGGGAAUGGGGGCUCAUUUUCUUAGUCUGGUGCCGAAGUCUUUUCUGAAUAAACUCCUUUGACUUUGAA